UUCUCUCAGUUUGGAGCAGAAGCUCAAGCGCGUUGGACGUCGAACACCUUCUUUCGCGUUGGUCAUUCGCCACAGAAACGGACGAACGGAUGGUGGUAGCUCGAGUUUUUAUUUCAUUUGUCAUAUACAAGAUAGUCGUAAAGAGACCUUUUGCUCUUUGGAAUCCGGGUAUUCAAAGCGUUUUACCUUUAGGUUUGUUUCUUCGAUCUUGUGGUUGUGCAUGUGUAUGCGGGUCUUUGGAGGCUUUUUUGUUUUCUCAGUGGAGUGACAUUGUGGAAGGAAAUUCCGUUUUUUUGAUUGAGUUCGACAGGAAGUUUCGGAUUGGGGGUCCAAUUGUGCGCCAAGAUCGUGUAAUAACAGUGCUCAGGUGAAACUUCCUUCAACCUUGACGAAGCUGUGCGAUUGUUUGUGAAAAGAAUAAGCAAGAAGAUCGCGCCUUGCAUUUAGAGGGUGUGCUUGUAACGGUGAUCGUCAAAUCAUCCAGGUGAAUAGUGUGCAUAGUUUAAACAAACAGUGUAUGGGUAAACGAUCAACCGCCAUAGAAGAACAAAAAGAGAAGAUCAUCAUCAGUGUACUCGCCUAAAGUGAUUGCGAAAUACCCCCUGUGGUACCACCUCAGAAGAAGAUUGAGUGCUAAAGUUCUGCUGGUUCACCAGUCAGCGUCAGACAGAAAAAAAACCAUGGGAACGAAGAUAGAAUACGUCGACUCGAGUCACAUGUACGCGACCAACUACAUCAGAAACUCGAAGGCGAUCGCAGUGCUGUGGGCAAUUUUUAGCAUUUGCUACGCGAUCAUCAGUGUUGUGGCGUUUGUCACACCCGAAUGGGUCGGCGAUUCGGACUCGGACGCCGGCGGGCGGCUCGGCCUGUGGCAAAUCUGCCAGAAAGAUGACCUCAACGACAGCUGCAGCGGCAAACUCGAAGACCUGCUGGCGAUGCAGUCCAUAGCUUUCCAGGUGGCCACUGUGUUCUGCGGUUUGGCCGUCGCUACAUCGGUUCUAGCGAUCUGCUGUCUGCUGUUGAUGGUGCUCAUGAAAUCGACCACAGUUUUUCACAUUUGCGGUUGGAUGCAAAUGCUGUCCGCCCUUUGCAUGGUCAUUGCGUGCGUGUCAUUCCCAUUCGGAUGGAAUUCGGACGAGUUCCGGAAGAUUUGCGGCCCGGAGUCCAACCGCUUCGAAGUGGGCCUGUGCGGAUUACGGUGGGCCUAUCCACUAGCAAUCAUAGCUUGCAUCGAUGGAUUCAUCUUGGCCACUCUUUCGUUUAUCCUGGCUACGCGACACGUCCGGUUGCAACCGGAGCCGCAGUAUCAGAGCAGCAUGUACAAAGGUGAAAUCAACAACGCCUACGUUACAGAUGCCGUUAGUAUCGCCGGUUCGCGCAAGUCGUUGAACUUGCAACCGGUCCUGUUGGUAGCACCACCCCAUCACCACAUGAUGACCGGCAACGAUACGCUCUCGAGUCGGACAGCCAGCCGUUACGGAGGACCCCGACCGGACUAUCACAGCUCGCUGCAUCAGUUUCAGCUAUAGUAGGCGGACGAACGAGUCCCCGUUGCUGUGGUGACGGGGCUAAUGCUUUUGCUGUAUAGUAAAGAACGAUAGGUUUAUAGAAGUUGCUGAAUUUUUCCUCGUGCAAUGAGAAAUUCAAACCGUAAGAGAAUUUUUCCGACUCGAAGGUAUGAGGUGAAAUGUAACUAUUAUAACGCAACUGACGUUAGCAUCGAACAAAGCGGAAACAACGUAACGUUUAGCAAAGAUAUAACGGUUACUAUCCGUUACACCCAUUCCAAUGGUUACGAAGCGUUACUGUGAGUUGCAAGCAAUAGCUUGUGUGCAAUUUUAAGUAACAGCUUUCAUACCCCCUUGGAGGCAGUGUUGGCAGAUGGUAUCAAUUUAUUGCAUAUUAAUUUAUUUCUAACUCGAAGUAUUUACACUCUCCUUGUGGGAUUAGUUUUCCGAAGGUGAACCAUUUUCCAAACGCACGGCAAACAUUUAAAUACUCGUUCCAGAUCAUGUGCGAAACGAACUGCAUAGUAUUUCUACUCCUAUGAAUUGUUAUCUAGCAUUUUAUUGUAGUGUAGGUAUUUUAGCGUGAAAUAUACGAAAUUUUAAUUUUAA